AUGUCUGCCAACCCGCGUGAGCCCGGUGAAGUCGAGGAGGCGAACUCAGAACUCGGAAAGCACAUUUCACUAGUCGGCCUCCUACAGACCCUCAAGGCAACACUAUCCCAAAAUGUCGAAGGGAAUCCCGAGUAUAGUCUAUUGGCACAUGUGAAGCGGAAGUGUACCGAAGGAGUCGCCAAUGAUGAAGUAUAUCUGGUGAACGUUGCGCCACGAGCACUGAUACCGGACUCUGGAAUCCCGGAUGGAGAAGUGGACCCGAAUACACAUGACAUCCAAAACGCUUAUGAGGUCGUUCAAGAAUAUCUAUCGCAGCCAAAAGCUCCACGCCCGGGUUCGGCUUCCCCGGAGGAUGACAGCGAAUGGCUCCCACGGGAAAGUGCAUUCGAGAAAUGCUAUGAAAGCGUCGCGGACGUUGUGGUACAAGAAGCGUCUAUCUUAGCCUGUACCAAAAUCUUGCUGGCUUGCAUCUUGUCAGAAGAAAUUUUGGCGCAAACGGCGAAAGUAUAG